AUGAUCCGAGACCAGUUUACUUACCUCAGCAACGCCUACACCAACGCCAGCAUAGGGUUCCGACUUGCGGGAAUCGACCGGGUCGCCAACGACACUUGGGCCCGCAACGGCGACGACACCGGCAUGAAACGUUCGUUGCGCAAGGGAAACUACUCUGCCCUCAACGUCUACUAUCAGAGUCUGUUGCAGGCCAACGCCAACACACCGGGUGUCCCCGCGGGCAGUACGCUGUUGGGGUUCUGUACACUCCCCGUGUCCGGUAUCGUCGCCGGUGUGGAUCCGUCGGCGUACGUGAUCGACGGGUGUAACAUCCUCAGUGGUACCAUGCCGGGUGGGAAGUACGCGGGCUACAAUCUGGGAGGGACCACCGCCCACGAAGUUGGACACUGGAACGGCUUGUUGCAUACCUUCAACGGAGGUUCCUGUGACGUUUGGGAUUUUGGUGAUUACGUCGCCGACACUCCCCAGGAGAGGACGAGUACUAACGGUUGUCCCUCGACCGUCAAAGAUAGUUGUCCGAACUCAGGAGUUCCAAAGGGGUACGAUGGUAUCGGUACCGAACCUUAUGGACCCCAAGGGUACAGUGGACCUGAUCCCGUUCACAAUUUCAUGGAUUAUAGUAGCGAUGCGUGUUACGUCGGCUUCACUCCAGGACAGGGGGCUAGGAUGCUGAAUAUCUGGAGGAUAUACAGGGAGGGUUUAUAA